UUUGGUAAAUAAGGUAUGGGCUUCUUUAAACUUUAUUUUUAUAAUACAAAGGAUGAUUUGUCCAUUUUUUUAUUCAAGAGCUUUUGUUUUUCAGUGCACACUGCAUACGGAACACCCAAGCAUCCAAAUCCAUAUUCCCAGGGCGAAACGAAUACCACAAACUCGACACCUCCCCUGCUAUUUCCACUUCCCAAGGCUUCGAUUCCUCCCACUGUAAUCGCUAUCUUUUUUUUUAUCCAAAACAAAAAAGAAAAAAAGACUGUUGUAUUUCCUCCCUUGCCAAUGGAUCCAGUUCUUUUAGUUGCGGUGCUUUCAGUUGUCCUUGGAGCUGUGAUCGCAUUCAUUUUCUUCAAAAGCUACCUUCUCAAACAAAGAUCGGAAGUCCAGACCAUUGCGAAACCGGAGCUCCAUUCGGAUUCCAAAAAGCCUUCAAAGCCGCCUCAACCCAUCUCUAAAAAGUCUCACUCUAAAUCUCACUCUCAUGCCUCUGAUAAGGAUCAAAACAAGCGUCAUCAUCCAUUGGAUUUGAAUACUCUUAAAGGUCAUGCGGAUUCGGUCACAGGGCUGUGUUUCUCUUCCGACGGUCGUAAUUUGGCAACAGCUUGUGCUGAUGGAAUGGUGAGGGUGUAUAAGCUGGAAGAUGCUUCGAGUAAAAGUUUCAAGUUUUUAAGAAUUAAUCUGCCUGCUGGAGGUCAUCCAAUAGCUGUUGCAUUUUCUGAUGAUGCAUCUUCUGUAGUUGUGGCUUCUCAGACUCUGACUGGUUGUUCCUUGUAUAUGUAUGGAGAAGAAAAACCAAAAGCUAAUAAUGAAUCCAAGCAGCAGACGAAGCUUCCUCUUCCCCAAAUUAAGUGGGAACAUCACAAAAUCCACGAGAAACAAGCAAUCCUGACCUUAACUGGAUCUACUGCAAGUUAUGGAACUGCAGAUGGGAGUACCAUUAUUGCCUCUUGUUCUGAAGGGACUGAUAUCAUACUGUGGCAUGGAAGAACUGGAAAAGUUUUAGGGCAUGUGGACACUAAUCAGUUAAAAAAUAAUAUGGCCACUAUAUCACCAAAUGGCCGUUUUCUUGCUGCUGCAGCCUUUACAGCGGAUGUAAAGGUGUGGGAGAUUGUAUAUUCCAAGGAUGGUUCAGUCAAGGAGGUUUCAAAAGUUAUGCAGCUUAAAGGGCACAAGAGUGCAGUGAGUUGGUUAUGCUUUUCUCCAAACUCAGAGCAAAUUAUUACAGCAUCCAAGGAUGGUUCAAUAAGAAUUUGGAACAUCAAUGUUCGAUAUCAUCUUGAUGAGGAUCCAAAAACUCUGAAGGUGUUUCCAAUACCACUUCAUGAUUCAAGUGGUUCUACUUUGCACUAUGAUCGUCUCAGUUUAUCCCCUGAUGGAAAGAUACUGGCAACAACUCAUGGUUCAACAUUGCAGUGGCUAUGCGUGGAAACAGGAAAGGUUUUGCAUACAGCUGAAAAGGCCCAUGAUGCUGAUAUUACAUGGAUUUCAUGGUCACCUAAGACUAUACCACUAGGAAAUGAACAAGUGGUGGUUCUGGCCACGGCAAGUGUGGACAAGAAAGUGAAGUUGUGGGCAGCACCAUCAGUAAAUUCUUCGUAAGCAAAUUCUUACAUUCACCGUCAUGGAGCCCAGGCAUAAUAAUUGUGGAUGCACUUUAGAUCUGCUCAACAGUCCUAACUUCAAUAGUGUUAAAAACUUAAUGAGUGAACAUAGGUAGCUCUUGCGGAAAAAGGUGGGAUGCUUGUAGGUAGGAUUGGAGCAGAUAAAGAGGAAUCGUUCAUAUAUUUGCUUUUAUAGUCUUGUGUUACUGAAAAUUUGCUUCAAGAGUCUUAUACGAUAUGGCUAUAUGUUUGUUUCUCUUUCUUUAGUUUUUCUUUUUUCUUUUUUUUCGAUAACACACGAUUAGCAUGAAUUAUUAAAUUUUCUUUUAAUGAGAAAUGUUUUGCUUCCUUUUAAGGGAAAGAUUAUCUGUAUAAUACUUUGUGAAGGAUGAUAUAGUAGACUGUGGGCUGUGG